AUGGCCGACGUGAAGAAGAAGCAGUUGGUUUUCAAUAUUAUCGAGUUCUUACGGACUUCCGCUCAAGAUGGAACUGUCAAAGAAGAUGACAAGGAAUCACUUGAAGUCGCAGUUCAAUGUAUCGCCGAGUCGUUUGGUGUAGAUCCUGAUUCAUCAUCUGAUCAAAAAUCAUAUUCUAUUGCACCUGCAUCCCUUCUUUCCAUAUUAGAUGUUUUCCUCAAAACAAAAGCUAAAUCCUCAUCCUCAUCAUCAUCGACCACCUCCACCUCUACUCCUGCUCCUACACCUGCGUCUGGCAGUAGCAAAGAGGGUCCAACCGAAGAAGAUAAGAAACAAGCUGAACAAAUGAAGACUAAAGGAAAUUCAUUAAUGUCAACUAAAUUAUACGAUUCAGCCAUUGAACAAUAUUCAGAAGCUAUUAAACUCUUCCCCAAUCCAGUGUAUUACAGUAACAGAGCUGCCGCAUGGGGUGGUUUAGGCAAACAUGAAAAAGCUGUUGAAGAUGCUGAAAAAGCAUUGGAAUUAGAUCCUAAAUUCGCUAAAGCUUAUUCGAGAUUAGGACACGCUCAAUUCUCAAUGGGUGAAUAUGAAGCUGCCGUUUCAGCCUAUGAAGAUGGAUUGAAAUUAGAUUCUUCAAACAGUAAUAUGAAAGCUGCUUUAGCUACUGCUAAAUCAAAACUGGCAGAAUCGUCUUCUAAUUCAGUCGCGGAUCGUGAACCAACUCGAAACGACGGUGGAGCUGGUGCCGGUGCUGGCGGAAUGCCUGAUCUAAGUUCUUUGGCUAGUAUGCUCGGAGGUGCAGGCGGAGGCGGAAGUGGUGGUGGCGGUGGUGGUGGUGGUAUGCCUGAUUUAGCUAGUUUGAUGAACAACCCUCAAAUGAUGGCCAUGGCUCAACAAAUGAUGGCUAAUGGUGGACUGGAGAGACUCAUGCAAAACCCAGCUUUGAGAGGUAUGGCUGAAAACAUGCAAAAUGGUGGUGGAAUGCCUGAUAUGAGUCAAUUGGCUAAUGAUCCUAGUUUGAGAGAUUUGGCUUCGCAGUUCAUGGGUGGUCAGGGACAAGGACAAGGACGAGGAGCAUAA